AUGCACCCGGCGCUGGGCCACCCUCGCGCGCUCUCGUCCGCGACCGCCUCCUUUCCGCCGCCCCCCGCCGCCUCCCGGCUCCAGCCCCUCUUCCUCCGGGGGGGCUCCUCCCGCGGCCGGAGAGGCUCGGGCGACAGCAGCACCAGCACCAGCACCAGCCGCGGGGGGGGCGGCGGCAGACGCGGCGGGGGCGGCGGCUCCCCGAGCAGCAGCACAGGCGCGGAGCGAGAGGACGACGACGAGAGCAUCAGCAUCAGCAAGCCCCUGGUGCCCGCCGCCGCCGCCGCGCUCCCGGGGCCCCCGGCUCAGGGGGGCGUCCCGGUCUCCGCCACCGCGCCCGCCGCCGCCUCCUCCACUUCCACGCCCACCUCCUCCUCCUCCUGCAGCAUGACCGCCGCGGACUUCGGCGCGGGCGCCGCGGCCGGCACCGUCGGGGGCCCCGGGAGCCGCUCGGCGGCGGGCGCAGGCGGCACCGGGACCGGCGGCGCCGCCUCCUGCUGCUCGUGCUGCUGUUGUUGUUGCGGCCGCCCCACUCGCUCGAGCCGCAGGGGUCGGCGCCGGGGCUGCUCGCCGAGCCCCGGGUGCCGCUGGGGUUACCAGGCGCUGUCUGUGGUGCUGCUGCUGGCGCAGGGCGGUCUGCUGGACCUGUACCUCAUCGCUGUCACUGACCUGUACUGGUGCUCUUGGAUCGCCACCGACCUGGUGGUGGUGGUGGGCUGGGCCAUCUUCUUCGCCAAGAACAGCCGGGGCCGUCGGGGCGGACCGGUGAACAGCACGCACAACCACCACCAGCUCCACCACCACUCGGCUCCGCCUCUGCACCUAUCCUCUGCGGCGUCGGCGGGGGCCGGGGCGAAGGCCCGCGGGGGCCGAGGAGGUUCUGGAGGCUCCGGGGCCGGGCCGGGGCCGGCCGGGGCAGCGGGCGAGUUCGCCUUUGCGUACCUGGCCUGGCUCAUCUACUCCAUCGCUUUCACUCCUAAGGUUGUGCUCAUCCUGGGCACAUCCAUCUUGGACCUCAUCGAGCUGCGCGCGCCCUUUGGCACCACGGGCUUUCGCCUUACCAUGGCGCUGUCCGUGCCGCUGCUCUACAGCCUGGUGCGUGCCAUCAGCGAGGCGGGCGCGCCCCCGGGCUCGGCGGGUCCCCUGCUCCUGCAGCCUCAGCAGCAUCGCGCCGCGGGCUGCUUCCUGGGCACGUGUCUGGACCUGCUGGACAGCUUCACGCUGGUGGAGCUGAUGCUGGACGGCCGCGUGCCGCUCCCGGCGCAUCUGCGCUACCUGCUCAUCGCCGUCUACUUCCUCACUCUUGCCUCCCCAGUGCUCUGGCUGUACGAGCUGAACACAGCCGCUGCAGCUCCGUCCUGGGGCCAGGCCUCGGGGCCUGGAAGCUGCAGCCGCCUUUUGCGUUUGCUGGGCGGCUGUCUGGUGGACGUGCCCUUGCUGGCGCUGCGCAGCCUCCUGGUCGUGAGCUACCAACAGCCGCUGUCCAUCUUUAUGCUCAAGAACCUCUUUUUCCUGGGCUGCCGUGGCCUGGAGGCUUUGGAGGGCUGCUGGGACCGGGGGAGCUGGGUAUCCCCAAGUCGGGCCAGAAGCAGCUAUGGUGCUCCUCCCUCUGCUCCUCCGCCACCUCCUCCACCACCACCUCAGGGAGGCUCCCAGCGAGGCCACUUGGAAAACGAAGGGGGCCCUCAUGGCUAUGUCAACACUCUAGCAGUGGCCUCUCAGAAUUGAAGCAGCGAAGUGCAGGGACCCUGAUCUUGGCUUUAGGGUUUCCGGCCCCCUUGGCUGUGUUUGAAGGUAACUGUUGAUAAGGCAGAAGGCCAGUGAAUUCUUCUGCACCCCAUGGCUAGAGACUCCUUGGAGGGAGACCAGCACUAUUUCGUGAGGAAGAAAGGCCCAUGUUCACCACAGUCUUCCCUGGCCUGACAUUCAAGGGAUUGGAUACAUGCGCCC